AUGUUUGGGACUCUGCACUGGAACUCUCAUAAGAACGAGGUAGAGUUUGUUGAGAGGCCUCUCGGAUCAUCAAAUCUAGAAAGAACUUUAGUUUGCGAUAGAUGCAGAGCCAAGAAGGUCAAAUGCAGUCCCGCUCAUGAUGGCUGCGGCCGAUGCAAGCGCCUUGGAAAGAAAUGCACUUUCGCUUCCAUAAAGCAUCGGGGCAAUAAGAGAAUACAGAAGGCAAGCAUCAAUAUUCCACAGAACGAGCACGCGCCGGCCCUGUUGACUCCGUCGUCAGCCCCUUCAAGCUCCGAAAUAACCGAGCAUGAGGAAAGGUUGUGUUCAGACAAGCAGCCCAUUGCGUCUUCACUCCCGGCGGAUGGCAAUGUUGUUGCUGAGCAAGGACAACAGUUGCUUGCAGAACUUCCAACACAUAGAUUGACCGACAUCCCACUGAACAUUUUCCAGUCUUUUCUUGCUGGAUUUGAUCAACGAGCUCGUGAUAGAGAUGGAGAUAACACCUCCAACGAUACCCUCUCACCAUCGCCUAGUUUCUCCACGAGCUUACCCAGAACGGGCCCUGAGUCAAUCCAACCUACGGCUGCUAGGACGUCUGAAAAUCUCCCAUCAUCGCCAUUAAGCUUAGGAGAUGAGAUGUUACGGUACUCCCCAUCUUCCGGACAAUCCCAAGAUUUGUCCCUCGACAUGGGCUGCAUCGCUACGCCCACAUCCUUACACAUAUCCAGCUUAGCCUCAACUGCAUUUUCGUCUGAGAACCCCCUGGGGAAGUCAUGCCGGUGCUUGGCUGCAGUUAUCUUCGCCGUCGAGGAAUUUGAGGCUAGUUAUAACUCUGGCAAGCGCGCCGAACUGGACUCCAUCAUCGCGUAUCAGAAGGAAGCCAUCAAGUUCUGUCGUUCGAAGCUCAAGUGCGGCGGUUGUAUGACUAAGAGAGAGAAUCUUGUUCUAUUGGUUUUCAUGGCCGAAAGGCUCGUUGCGGGUUGUGGACAGAUUGUCGGAUUGUACCAUAUGAAAGACGGCGACACCAGGGCAGGCUUGGUACCAUCCUCCUUGCCGGGUUGCUCGCCCACCGAUGGCCAUUCGCAUCAUGCCAACGUUGAGGAUCGAGACCUUGCUACAUCCGCUUGUUCCUCUUCACCCAAGACCGACUAUAGGCACUCCGGCCAAAUCGUAUCAACGCGCACGAGAACAUCGUCGGACUGGCGAAAACUCCUUCUAGGCGACUACGAGAUCAGUUCCCCCCUGGAAUGGGAGCAUCUGGUCCGCGUUCUAAUCCUUCUCCAAUUAAGGGCGGUGAUGGAGUUGUUAGCAGACCUGAAGAACGUGGGUAGCAAGGUUCUGUGA